UUGACAGAUCAAACAGUUAAGUUCGACUGAAAGCAGUUAACAUAUUAGCUGAAGUUUUAAAUUAUAAAAUUUUCAGAUUGUAUUGCAAAUAUAAUUAUAAAACAGUUAUUUUUUUGAAAACACUUUAAAAGUAAACGAUUGAUCCAAUGAGUGAACUUCAAAUAAAAAAUUUGAUCGACCUAAGCAUUGAAGAUGACGAUGAAGAGUUGGUAACCUCAACUGAUCGAUCGGAAACAAGUAUUUCAAAUGGGCACCAAAAAGUCUAUGAGCAACCAACUAUAGAGUGCACAAUGCCUGAUUGUCUAAUGGUGGCAAAGGGAGAAGGACGAGAAAGUGACAAUAAUCCUUUUGACUUCGUGCAGACAUUGUCAAGUCGCUCAGAAGACCCUUUUGAUAUAGUAGAAAAAGAAGCAUGUGUUAAGGCACGAUAUUCUGUGCAACCGGCACAGGAAGUAAAAGUUGGAAAACUUUUGUCGAUAAGCGAUGAUAAUAUAAUAGAUGAUGAUAAUUGGCGCAUGAACGAAAAUACAGCGAUUGAAAGAAUUACCCAGAAAAAUGUUUUUGACAUGACGGCCACUAACGUGAGUUCGUCCGUUUACCAUUCAGCUCUGGAACACGAUUUAGAUAAUGAGAGCCCGCCAGUUUCAAUGUCCAUUAAGUCUACACCAGAAACCUGUAGCUCAGCCUUCGAAAGCGAUGAAAGUUCUGCAAACAGUACAGAUAACUGUUCUGCAAAAAUUCGGAAAGCAUUAGUAAAUAGUAAGCGUUUACUCAAACUAAGCAUAGCGAAUUCAACAUUUAAUUCGCCAUUGAGUUGUCGCUCACGACAGGGAGAGAGUGGGGUUUCAAGAGUUUUCUCUGCUGCCGCACACUUCAGUGAUUACAUUCUAGGCACCGAAUCUCCGUUAAAAUUGGUGGAUGAUGAUCUUAUGAUGGAAGAACCGCCAACACGAUCAAACCCGGAAAACGAUUUUGAGGCUGAUUUAAAAAUGUUAAGUAUUCCCAUGUUGAGAAAAUUGCCCUCCCCACUGCCUGAAGAAACAUCGUUAAAUGUGAAAGAAGCAAAUGAAUCAAUUCCUAUUGCGCAAAAUGUGACAUCUCCUGGUUUAUCGGCGAUUCGUGAAAAAUUAUGGGCUAAGCAGAUGGAAUCUUGCAAAGGUCAAAAUGUUUUGUCGUUAAUAGAUAAUUUAAAAUCCCUGCUGUGUGAAAAUGCUAUUGCAGACAAAGAAAAAAUGGAACAAGCAAAUAGUUUGUUAAAACAACUUAGCGCAACCUUAAAUACAGAUAAAGGGGAAGAUAACGACAAAAAGGCGCAAAAUAAAGACAACUGCGAAGGAUCACUGCAAGUACCACAAACUAUCGUCCGACAAGGAACUUUUGACAUGGAACUACAGCCGUUAGCGCAAGAAAAGAGUGACCACACUGAAGUUACAUCGCCAAUAUCUGCUGAUACUUCACGCAUGACGCAUUCUUUACAUUCAGUGCAAUUAUUGUCACCAUCGAAAGAAGUACCAGAUGUUAUGGUGAAGUCAUCGUCUACUUAUGAUUGUGAACCUAUAGCCGAAAGGGAAAAUCUUCUGUCACCACACGUAGAUGCCAUUUCACCAAUUACAUCACCGAAUUCUAAGCCCACUUUAUCGAAUGCAGCAACAUCAUAUGCUGACGUAAACGAUAUCAUCGAGCAAAUUAGUAACUUGCUCGAGCAACACCAGAUGACAUUGCAAGCAACCAAUAGCGAUAGUAAGAACGGUAGCGAUUUAUCAGGAAGUAAUGUGCAACAACAACCGUCAAUGUAUAAUCCUACAUUUAUUGUGGUUAUGCCAACAAAUUCCGUUCAGUCGACUAAGAAGCAAAAUCCUAAUAUUUCAAUUUGUGAGGACUUUUUUGAAGACGCGAAUAGUAAUAUAGCAAUGCGUCGGCGUUCGCAGUCUUUGUCACUGCAUGAUAAAAUCAAGAUUUUAAAACUCCCAGUGCGACCGAAUCCGUCUAAAUCCGGAGCAUCAGGCUCGCCAGACCUUGAGUGUGUCCCUCAAAUUGAUAUAAGUACAUCCGAUGUAAAAACACCAUUACGUCGUCCUGUGAGAAGAAACUCGGUCUCCAGUGAUAUGCCUCGCACACCGCUGAAUCGCGGAACUAGUUUGGCAAACGCUAGGCGGGUCCAAAAUUCACAAAUUCAAUCACGUCACGUACUCGGUCCUUCUAAGCAACUCGAAAGUGAAAUCCAGCAGCAAGCUGUUGUUCAUCCAAUUCCACGAACCAAUCUGAAUGUAUUUAAACCUGAUUUGAAGAAAAAAACCAAACAACAAACAACGAAAACAUCCAUAAUGGCAUCUCGUGAACCACUCAAAGCUGUGAUACCCAUAAAGAAAGUAGCACCAAUGCUCACGGCUACCAUGGCUACACCCGAGGGACCUGUUCCGAAUUCACGAUUGCUAUUUCAAAAGGACAGUAUGGAAACUUCAAUGCAUUUACUUACAAAAUGUGGUAAAAUGUCGAAUACAAGCACGCCAAUGCCACCAGCAAAGAGUACUGGUAAAAUACCGGUGUUGCCCAAUGCCUGUUCCACUCCCGCAUUUUCAAGUGCUAAGGCAAAUGCGAGUGGCAAUGUAACAAAGAAAACUUCCAUGCCUACUUCCAUAUUACAGCAACCGUUUGCGAGUACUUCUGGAGUUAAAAAACGGUCUUUGUCAGAGCUGCCCAGGUCCAAAUCGCCGGGGCGCUUGCGCAAUAGUUUGCCGGGACCAUCAUUAUCAACACUCAAGAGCAGGCAGCCAAUAAAACAAUCGAAUGUUUCAAAACCGGCCACUUCGAGAUUGAGUACACGUUUAAAUACGCGAUCCUCGCUUAGUGCUGCACCUACUUCUACUAACAAGGAAAAUAAAAAACCUUAAAAUAUUUUUCAGUUUCGACUGGCCUUACCCAUUGGUUGUUGUUGUUGUUGUAACAGCAUAAUCAUUCCCCAUACAUAUACUAUAUGGGGAAUGCUGCUGAAGUGACAGUCCUUGGCCGGAUAUAAAUCCGGGUCGUUCCGGUAACUUAGAACCGACUGUCGUGGGAACGGCCUUACCCAUUGGUAUUUAUCCUUGCCUGUUUUAUAAAUUAUUCGAAAGAUAUUUUCAGUUAUUUGUUAAGGUCACUAACUAUAAAUUUUUUAAAAAUUGUUUUUGAUAUUUUUUAAAUUGAAUAUUAUUACCAAAUUGUAAAGCUUUUAAGUUACUUUUUUUUACAUAAAAUUAAUUAACUUUUUUAAAUUUU